GAGUGUGGAGUGUGUGACGUUAAACACAGGCAGAAAGGGAGGGGAAAGAGAAAGAAAGGGAAGAACUUUUUCCGACAGUUUUUUUUUCUUCUCCCAAACUCAAAUUUCAAACAAAAUGUGUUAACUUAGACGCUUCAGGCAGCUAAUGAAUGCAGCGAUAAACAUAGAAGAGAGUAGAAGGACAAAUAAAUGUAUGUUGAGAUCCUUCAUCUGCCUCUGUGCAACAGAUGACAGCAUUAAAAAUUUACAGGGUGAAGUCGGUGGCCUUUUGACAGGAUUGAGACAUCCCCUUAAGCAUGGCUUCUGAACUGGACUCUAGUUUAACCAGCAUUGACUGGCUUCCUCAGCUGGGAAUCAGCACCUUGCGAUCAGGGAAAGAAAGAGUGGAACGGAAAAAAGAACGAGGAAGAGAGAAGGACAUCCCUCCCAUACCUACACUGUCCCCCGGAUCUAAUUCUAAAGUGAAGCCCCCCCACAGCUACGCCACUCUGAUAGCCAUGGCAAUAAGUUCCACUCCUGAAAUGAAGCUGAGUUUGAAUGAUAUUUACACAUGGAUCAGUAAUACAUUUCCUUAUUACAGCAAAGCAGGAAGAGGAUGGAAGAACUCAAUUCGGCACAAUUUGUCUCUCAACAAAUGUUUCCGGAAAGUUCCUCGACCACAGAGCGACCCUGGGAAGGGGUCAUACUGGACGAUGGAUGUACCACCUGACUCAACUCAACCCAGAGGAGUCAAACGUCCUUAUCCUAAAGAGGAGGAGGCUCCAUCCUCAGAGGCCCAAGUGCCUGUCAAUCAACCGGAGCCCCUCCCACUUCAGCCAGACACCAAAAUCAUGUUCUCCCCCCCUCCUUGCAAGUCAUCGUUUCCACAGCAACGUGCAAGUGCCCCCAUACCUACAUCUCUUCCUUCGAACCCUCAUGCCGAUCCCCCUCUCCGAUUCUCCUUUGCUGAUUUGAACCUACCGGAUCUGUACAAUUCCUUUCAGUCCCUCUGUCGCUCAGUGAGAGACAGAGUCACCUCACAAUCUGAUGUUCCCAAUUUACUUGGAUUUACCCAUGACAGUACACCACUCCACACCCCAACCCUGCCUCCUUUCUCCCCCUGUCCCUGCCCAAACCUCAAUAUUAACCAGUAUACCAACCCAACAUCUACCUUCAACCCAAACCUCAAUACCAACGGCAACUUCAACCCAAAUACACCCAAUACUACUAACCCUAGUUUUAUCCCAAACCUAAACCCAAACCAGAAUGCUAACAUUCAUCCCAACUCCAACACUGAGCCUGACAAGCUGCUACACAGUAAUGUUGUUCCUGCAGACUGGUUCAGUAACGCUGACUCUUUGAGAGAGAGUUUCAGAAUUGCUAGUAGUCUGGACUGGGCUAACAUUGACCUCACCUGUCACCCUGACCUGGUAGAGAGCAUGCGUCAGGCCGAGCUCUGUGACUGGGCAUUGGAUUCAGCUCUCUUCACCUCGCUCUGUGAUUCGCUCAACCGUUUCUUCACUCAGAAGGGUCUCAUUGGCUCGUCUUCUGGUGGCUCCUCCCCUUUUGCACAAAUGGCCCCACCUCCUCUCAAUAUUCCGCCCACUAACUCUCCCACCCUGGCUAGUUUAACUCAACCAUCCCCACUCAUAUACUCCCAGCUCCCACCUGGCACUGGUGAAUCUCCUCUCCAAAAUCCCAGGAGAACCCUGACCCCUCACACCCACAACCAGACAGCACAAAGACCGCCAGGGCUGCAGCCCACCAUGAGCCAACCUCUGACUCCUAACGCACUUCAAACUCAACCACUGACCCCAACAGGUCAUCCACCCUUGAAGAAUCUUCAUAGCAACAGUGAAGAAAUCCUGGAUGAUUUCGAUUGGGAUUCAUUGAUUGAAUAAUUCUGUUGGCAGAUAUACACACAUAAAUACAAAGUAAAAGAAAAAAUGUGACAAUUUUUGAGAAAAGUC